UGUAGGAUUCAGCAAGCAGGAUGUUGUAAAUAUACCCAAAACCUGAUUUCUUUUUUUCACUUUUAAAAAAUAAAUAUUUACUUGAAUUUUUAUUAAUGUGCCCAUUCACACCCACCCACCCACCCACACACACACACACACACACACACACACACACACACACACACACACACGCACACACAGACAUACAGACACACAUUCUUUAAAUGUGUGUGUGAUGUCAGAGGCCAUAAAGGAGUGGAUGUGUGUGUGUGUGUGUGUGUGUGUGUGUGUGUGCGUGUGUGUGUGUGCGUGUGCGCGCGCACACUGACACAGAGUCAGUGAGAGAGAGAAAAAGGGAGAGAUUGUGUCAGAGGGGUGGGCUCUCGUGCAUUAUAUAAAUUCAGGGUCCUGAUGAAGGUAUAUGUAUUAAAGGGAAGAAAACUUCUCUAGGCUGUGUUGUAGAACUUAACGAAGCAUUAUUGCAUCAAGAGUUUUUCCUGGAGUAAUACACAAGUCUGACAAUGGCCAAUCACAAAGCUGUAUUUCAAGGUGUGGACCUGCAGUGCAAAGUGAAUAACCGUGCCCACCACACAGAAGAAAUAGGCACGAAGCGGCUGGUUGUGCGUCGAGGACAGCCCUUCUCUAUGUUCCUGUAUUGUACAGAUUCCCCUCCACUGCCUCCAAACCACCAGCUCACUCUGGUCCUCAACCUGGGUGCACGGGGGAAGGUGGUUAUGAGGGUGUCAGGUUCGAGAACAGAUCAUGGUCAGUGGUGGUUCAGUCAGCAAGUUGCUCAAAGUGAGGUGUUGCUGAGGGUCCAUAGCCCUGCUGAUGCCCCUGUGGGUCAGUACAGCAUUACUGUGCUCUUGCUCUCUUCUGAGGGACACAUCCUAGAGCAGAGUUCCCCUCAUACUUUUUUCCUGCUCUUCAACCCCUGGUGUAAAGCCGACUCUGUGUAUUUGCCUGAUGAUGAGCUUCUUUGGGAGUACAUCCUAAACGAUAAUGGCAUCCUGUACCAGGGCUCCUGGGACCAAAUCACCACUCAACCCUGGAACUUUGGACAGUUUGAAGAAGAUGUGAUGGACAUCUGCUUUGAGGUACUGGAUAACUCCCCUGCUGCCUUGAAGAACUCUGAGAUGGAUAUCACUAAAAGAGCAGACCCUGUUUAUGUUAGUAGGACAAUUACUGCAAUGGUAAAUGCAAACGAUGACCGUGGAGUGAUAUUUGGGCGCUGGGAUGGUGAGUACAGCGAUGGUGUGGCCCCUACACGGUGGACUGGCAGUGUUCCCAUCCUGAGACGCUGGAGUGAGGGAGGGGCCCAGAGGGUGCGUUAUGGCCAAUGUUGGGUUUUCUCCGCUGUAGCCUGCACAAUUCUUCGCUGUUUGGGCAUUCCAACUAGAUGUGUCACAAAUUUCAGCUCAGCUCAUGACACUGAUGGCAACAUCAAUGUGGAUUGCCUGUUUAAUGAGCAGCUGGAGGGUGUAUCCGAGGGCAGGAAUGACAUGAUCUGGAAUUUCCAUUGUUGGGUAGAGUCCUGGAUGAACAGAGAGGAUCUCCCAGAAGGUUAUGAUGGAUGGCAAGUACUUGACCCAACCCCUCAGGAAAGGAGUGAUGGUGUAUACUGUUGUGGACCAUGUCCAGUGAAAGCGGUGAGAGAGGGUGAGGUGGGGAUGAAAUAUGAUGCACCAUUUGUGUUCUCUGAGGUGAACGCAGACAUGGUCUACUGGAUUGUUCAUCCAGAUGGGGAGAGAACACGAGUGUCGGUGAACCACACGACUGUGGGAAGAAACAUCAGCACUAAAAGUGUUUAUGGAGACUACAGGGAAGACAUCACUGCUAACUACAAAUACCCUGAAGGUUCCAUAAUGGAGCGAAAGGUCUAUGAAAAGGUAGGGAAACGAGUGGUGAGACAAAAUGGACACCCUGGCAAGCUGGAGCUGUCUAUCAAGCAUGCCCAGGCCAUUCAUGGAACAGACUUCGAUGUAAUUGUGGAGGUGCAUAAUGUUGGUGGAGAAGACACGCCUGCUCAGCUCACGGUCACAUCCAAUGCUGUCACAUACAACAGUCUCCAUCGAGGAGAAUGUCAAAGGAAAACUGCCCAACUCAGAGUGCCAGCAAAGAAAGCUCAUAAAGAAGUCAUGAGGCUUCGGUACGAUCAUUAUGGAGCAUGUGUAUCAGAGCAUCACCUGAUCAGAGUCACAGCACUCCUGAAAACCAGCAGCGAGCAAAAUGCCAUCCUGCAAGAGGUCAACAUACCCUUAAAAAUGCCCGAGCUCCAUAUCAAGAUGAUUGGAGAAGCAAUGGUAUCACGUAAACUGACAGCACGCAUCUCCUUCACGAACCCACUGCCUAUCACUUUGACAAGAGGGGUGUUUACAGUGGAGGGCGCGGGGCUAACAGAAGCACAAGAGAUCCAGGCUCCUGUUAAUAUUGGACCUGGCCAGGAUGUUGUAGUGAAAUUCUCCUUUAAACCCAUUCGAGCUGGGCUGAGGAAGCUGCUGGUUGACUUUGACUCAGAUAGACUGAGAGACGUCAAGGGUGAAGCCACUAUAAUUGUUCAGAAGAAAAGAUAUGACAAUGCUUAAACUUCUCAAACACAUGGCUCAGUACAAUUCAAUUGAUGCAUGAAAUCAGAAACUUAUUGUACAAGAAUAUCCACAAUAUCUGGAUUUAUAUAUAUAUCUAUCUAUCUAUGUAUCUUUGUUUUAUCAAUGAAGUAUACCUGUAGCUUGUAGAAUUUCUGCUUAAAACUAAAAUGAUAUUUGUUUCUGUAUAUAAAGCACAAUUCUGUGGACAAUUCUUUGCCCUUCAUGAAUACAAAACUUUGAUUUAAUUUGCUUUUAAAUAAAAUAUUCACUUAUAGGGAAAGCUUGAACUAAAGUGAAUUUAUGCCUGGGGAAAAAAUAGGUUUGGGCUAAAGCAAUAAGCAUCAUAUAGUAUGUUGCUUAGAAAGAAAGUAAUGCUUUGGACUAUUUGUGUUACUAAUAUUGUUCAAUAAAACACACACAUACAUUACAGAGACAGAUCAGUAAAACUUGGGGAGUGAUUGAUAAUACCCUGGACACCAUACAUUCAUUGGAAUUCUGUUUCAUUGCAUUCUCAUUGAAUCUCCACAGUCCAUGAGUACAGAUUAAGACUACAGAUUGAGAAGUGAAUAGUAAUCUUAUUGUUUCAUUAUGAUUUUAUGUGAAAUGUAUUAUAUCUGUUGUUUAUGAGUGAUUAUAUAUGAGUCAGCGCUUGCACUUCUUUGAUCUACUCUGCAUCUCUUCCUCCUUAUCACAUCUGUGGAACUUUCUGUUGGUUUUACUGUUUCAUGUUCAAUAAAUGUUGUUUUGUUGAACCAUUUUGCCUUGUGUUUUCACUUAGAUUUUGUCUCAAACCCACUCUUUUUUUUCAAAUGUAAGACACUCUUGGGAAAAAGAAAGUACACCCUCAUUCAAUUCUAUGUUGUUAGUUAUAAGGGCCUAAAUAACAAAUGUUCUUGAGAGAGCUGUGCAUAAUUGAAUGCCCUCAAACAUCAGUGAACUGAAGCAAUGUUGUAAUAUUGUUCUUAUUUUCUCCACACCUGGUUUCUGAAUGUUGGUUAACUUUUUGUUGAAAAAAUUCCUGCAUUUUGAAAUUUUUGAGUUUUUAUUUUGUUGUUGACUGAGGUUUAUAGAAGUUGUUGAGGACCACAAAUUUAUUAGUUUAUUUAUUAGUUAUUUAGGCAAUGAUACCUAAAACACAGAAUUGAGGGAGGGUGUACUUUCUUUCCCCAUGACUGUACAUUGCUGUGGCCCCUGUGUGAGUAUUUUAGACCAAAAUUUGUUUGUUAUAAUGAAAGUCUAGAUUUGGUAUAAGACAUGACAACAUAUUUGAAUCACAUUUUCCAUACAUUUACAGUGUCUUUAUUUUGUCUGUACUUUUUCAGUUCUUGGUGAAAGAGUGAUGAGGUAGAUUGGACCUUUCUAAACGAGGAAAGCAGAGUGGUGUUACUCUAUACAUGAAUGAACAGAUGAAUGAAUGAAUGAAUGAAUGUGUUCUAAACAGAUACAAAUACAGAUACGAACAGGGGAUGCACUAUUCAUUUAUUGCUUUAGAAAGCUCACCAGAAAGGUACACAUGGUAUCUGCUUGAAACUGGAGGAACCUGGGAUUCCAUGGGAUGCAGCAAAAAUGUUGCAUGAAUGGGAGGUUUUUGUCCAUGUGAGCAGUCAGAUAUGAAGCUUGCGGAUCAAAGAAAGAUCACGUUCGCUAACGUUUAAUUAGGCUAGUAGUGUAUUUAGUUUUUGGGAAAUAGUACCAAUUAAAUUUGUUAGUAAAAAUUGCAAGCAGAUGCAAACAAAAAUAAUAAUUGUGCAAGUAGGAUUUAAAAAAGCAUUCCCCUGCAAAUCUCUAGUUGAGACCCAUUAUGAACUCGAGUGAUGUAGCUGAGGUUGAGGACCUGUCAGAACCAGAAUUCACAGACCAUGCUAGUGCUGCCAUUUCUAAAUCUGAUUUUUUUUUUCUUUCAAUGUUUUCCAGUUUUUCUGGGGGAUAGCUCUAGAGUUCAUUUUGGGUUUAUGUAGGGUAGGGUUUAUUUUUAAACCAAAAAAAGAAAAGAAAAAAAAAGAUACAGAUAGCGCCACUGUGGAGCUCAAAGACAAAAGGGCAGGAACAAGGGUGUCAGUGAGGAAGAAGGGAGAGAGGGUGUGCUGUGCUCCAUUUGUUUUCCUAGAAAUAAUAUUAAAUGUUUCUGAUUUUUUUUGUCCAGACUAUCAGUGCUUAAAAGUGGAACUAAUGGUCCAUAUAAAAUCAUAAAAAAAUGGGUGAGGUUUGGGAUCUAUACUCUCUCUGUGCUGCUAAUGAGAAACAUAAACAGAGCAAGAAAAGAGCGUGCGUGGACCCAAGUGGCUGACUCUGAGACAUGCACCACAUUGUGUAUUUCAAUGUGUGUGUGUGUGUGUGUGUAGGAGUGACGUGUAACACUUAUCCAGCAUCUGCUUCUGCUCCUGUGGAGGAACAGUGGAAACACACUGCACAAUACAAUAUAUUAUUCGUUUAAUAUCGUGUAAUAUAUUGUUAUUACAAUAUAUUAAAAAAUUAAGCAGAAUAUUAUUAUCAUGGACACUUCGAAAUUGGGAGGGAAAUAAAUUUGGGAGGCAGCUAAGCUAUUAGUCUGUUUCAUGUGAAUUCAAAUUAUUGAUCAAUACAGCAUUUAAGUGAACUCAGGUCAUUUGUGGGCUGUUGUGAGUUACCAUGAAAUGAGUUUAACUUCUUGUUAGCUAAAUAAUAUUGAGGCUAGUCUGCUACUAAAAUGAUUGAGAGAGCGCAUGUCAGUCAUUACUCAGCUACAUUUCUCAGCUACAUUCUACAAGUGUCUAGCUAUAUCUGCAACUCAGUUGUUUUUUUUUUGACUGUUACUGUUUUACUGUUAUGUGGGGAAUGAGACAUCAUCUCUAAACUGUAAUGGGUUCUUACUCGUUUGUAGCAUACUUUACAAUAAGCUGAAACAUGUUUUACUGUUUCAGGAAUCCAGAGCUAACACUGGC